AUGGCUAAAGAAAUUGAAGAAUAUUUUGUUAAAAGACUUUAAUCAUACCUUUUGGAAUACUUGUAAGAUUUCUCAUAAAACAAUAUGGCCAAAGUAAAGAAAAUAAUUAAAAAUAAUAGUUUUCUUUGGGCAUUUCAUCAAACAUAAUCUUGAAGAAUUUGCAAAUAAAGAAAUAAGCUUUAUUGAAUUUUUCAUUUCCUAUGUAUAUCAUAGAUGGAAAGAUAAAUUCAAUAACAAUAAAUGUAUUAAGCUAUUAUAUUUUAGAUGCCAUUAAAUUAUAAAUAAUAAUAACCAGAAAUGAUAAUAGAAGGAAUUGAUCUAUAAGUUUGCACAAUAUAAGAAGCAAAUUUAUUUGUAUCAAAUAAAGAACAAUAAUCAUAGCAAGGAGUAGAAAAUUUGAAAAAACAUAAAUUAAAAAUUUGGGAAGAAUAAAUGGCGAAAUAUUUUGAAUAAUUAUCUCCUCCUAAUUGGAUUCAAAAAAUUGUUGAUGGAAUUUACAAUAAUAUGUCAGUUCAAGUAAAAUCAUUCUUUCUAAGAUUUUAUAAUUAAUCAAUAUUUGGUUAUGAAACAUAAUUAAAAAUUAAGGCAGAUAUAAAUAUAAAGGCUACUGAUAAAUAGUUUCACUAAAAAUUUAAUAGCGAUUUAAAUUGUAUCUACAAAUUAAUUGAAAUAAAGAAACUUGGAAUCACAUAUCUGAAAAUUCCAAAAAAGAAGGAAGAUUCAAAGAAGGAAGAACAAAAGAAGGAAGAAUAACAUUUAUUAAGUCCUAUUGAUAUAACAAUAAAAUUAACCAUAUAUAAGAAUUAAGAAGAAUUGAAUAAACCAAUACAAAGUAUAGAAGUUACAAUUGAUAAUCCUAUCAUAUUUUAAAUUAAUAAGGAAUCUAAAAAUUAUUUAGUAAAAUUAAACGAAGUACUAUAAAACUUAGAAGUUGUUUAAGAUAAUUUUCAUUUUCGACCAAAAUGUGAAAUAAAAGGAAAUUAAGGUGAAUGGUGGAAAUAUCUAAUAAAUGCUGUAAUGCAAAAUUAAAAGAAUCAUAAAUUGGAUUUAGGAUAUAGUUCAAGGAGAUUGGUGUAAAUGAAAAGAUACAUAGAAUUAUAUAAGAGAAAAUAGACAAUAAUAUUAGUUCCUUGGUUAACAAGUUGGACAAUAUAGGAUGAAACAAAAUUUAAGAAAUGUGAAGAAUAAAUGUCUUUAAAAGAUUUAUUAAAGUAUAGAGAAUGGGCAUUUUAAGAAAUUAGAAUAGAAGCUAAAAGAUAUUAUCAUUCAUCAAAAGAUGGACAAAACUAGCAAAGUGUAAAACCUGUAUUAGAAAUAUGGACAAAUACAAUAAAUAAUUAGAAUUCUUUUAAAGAUUAAAAAAAAAGAGAUGAUGAUAUUCCAAUAGAAUUGGAGGAUGAUGAAAAAAUUAAUUUAUAUGAAAUACUUGAAAGAGAUAAAACAUAAGUACUUUCUAGUUAUUUAAAAGGCUAAAAUAAUGAUCCUGAUUAAGUUAAAACAUGGAUUUACAUUAAUAUUCAUUCAAUAUUUUUAAUAAUCUUAGAAAAUCGUCCUCCAAAUAUUGCUGCUUAUUGUCCAAAAAAUACUAAAAUAUUUUCUUCUUGUUAAUGUAAAAAAUGUAUUCAGCUUAUUAAACGACCAUAAUUAGAUAAAAAAAAGAGUUCAUCAUUUAAUUAAAGUUUAUCAAUAUCAGAAGUUAUUAAAUAAACAUCAAAAAAUAAUGAAGAAGGAACUUUUCAUUCUGCUAAAGAAAUAGAUAGUUUUUAUGAAGAUAUAGAAGAUCUUAAUAAAGAUGAUUCUUAAUAUUCUAUAAUAUCAAGUUAGGAUUAAAAAAAUAAUAAUUCAAUGUCAAAAUAUAAUUUUGAAUCAAAAAGAAGUAAUAAAUUAAUUUUGUUAAUCAGUUUAAUAAAUAUAAAAAUACCAAUUUCAAUUUAUUAAAACGGAAGAAUAAAAACUAAUGAGAAGGAAGGUUAAAAAAUAUUAAUUGGAGAAAUUAAAAUGUUAUCUCCUGGUAUGAUUCCUAAAUUAAUGGAAGAAAAAAUAGAUUCUGAUGAUUAAUAGGAUAAAUAAUCUCCUUUAUUUGAGAAGAAAAAUUAUAAAUUUAAAAACAAAAUAUAUACAAGAGCAAAGUUAUCAGAAUUUAUAAAUGAUAUAUUUGAAGUUUCAGUAACUAAAGAUUAAUAAUAUUUUUCUAGUAGUGAAAUAUGUUUUUAAACAUUAUGUGAGUUUUUAGUUUAGAAUUAAAUGAAUAACAUUAAAUGUUUUUUUAUUGAUUAUGAAAAUGAUAAACAUGCAUUUCAAGAUUUUUCAUCAGAUUAAUUUAAAAGUUACGAUAAAUAUUUUAUAUACAAUGAAAAAGACGAAAAAGAUGAUAUGGAUGAAUCUAUGUUAUUGCAUGUUAUUAAACAUUCCAAAUAUGAAAAUAGAUGGGCUUUUUUAAAAUAGGCAGCAAUGUAAGAUAAAUCUAAUUUAGGUUUUGGUGAAAAUGAAUAAUUUUGGCAAUCAUGUUCUAAUAAACAUAGAUAUUUAUAAGAAGUUCAUAAUAAAUUAAUAGAUAUUUUAAAGAAAUCUUUAUUUGCAUCUUUUAUUGAAGAAUUUGGAGAUAAAAUAUUUCCAUUAUGUAUUAUAAAUCUUAAAGAUAAAUUAACAGAUUCAUCUGAUUGCACAACUCCUAAUUUAGAAAUAUCAUUAUAUCUUGAAGGUUAAAAAUCAGAAUAUAAAAUAUCUCCAAAUAAUGAAAAAAGAAAGAAAAUAUCAUCUUAAUAAACUAAUGAUGAAUAAACUAAUGAACACAUUACUGUUCAUUUUUAAAGAUUUUCACUUUUCCUUUCUACAAAAAGUCUAAUUUCAUUGUUAGAUUUUUCAAAAGGAUUAGAUUCAAGUUUUAUGAAUUAAAGAUAAUUUUAUGUUAAUUAAGAUCAUAAAUUAUUAGAAUGCAUUUUAAAAUCUAAACCUUUAUCAUAAGAACAUUCUAAAUCACAUUAAAUUAAAUUCUUAGCAUAAUUAACUGAUAAAUUUAAAAUCAGAAUUGUAUCUGAUUAAAUAUCAAAUUAAAUAAAGACUGAGUUAAAAUUUUAAAUUAAAAACUUGACAUUUUAAACAACUAAAAUUGAUGAUUUAUUCCCUUCUAAAAUAAAUAAAAAUGAAUAAACUCUUUAUUAAUAACAUCAUAAAUAUUAUUCAGCACUAAAAUUAUCUAUAGCUCAAAUUAAAAUAGCUCAUAAAUACUUUUCUCCUGAUUACAAAUCUAAAAAUGAGGAAUUAAAAUCAUAUGAAAAAGAAUAAUAUUAAGAUGAUAAAAAAGUUCCAUAGCAAAAUAUCAAAUAACCUAUAAGUAAAUAAAAUACAAAUUAGUAACCUGAAUAAAAUUCAAAAUAAAUUUCAAAAAGUAUUGAUCCUAAAUUAUUUUGUAAAACUUAAAAAUAGCCUACUUUAAUUUAAUAAUAAUAAACUAAUAAAUAAUAUAAAAAACCAAAUGAUAGCAAAUUUCAUAUAAAAGGAAUAAAAUAAACUAUUUUAAAAACUAAAAUUGUAGCUCUUAAAUUUUUGUCUAAUAUUCAAAAUCAUGCUUUGUUAACUGAUUAGAAAUUAUAUAUCUAAAUACCAUAUUUUAAUUUAAGAAUUAAUGAUUCAUUCAUUUGUUUUAUAGAAUUCUUAGUAAUUUUGAAAAAUAAUCUUUAAUUUGCUACUGUUCCAUAAUAAAAAGUAAGGAUAGGGUAAGAUAGUUUAUUGAAGGCUGAACUUGAAACUUUAUUUCAUGAUCAUAAAGAAUAAAGUACUGAUUGUAAACAUUGUAUAUUAAAAUACAGAAAAACAAUUAGUUUAUUAAACAUACUUUUUGGAAGUAUUUAAAAUUAUCAAAAUUAAUCAUUAAUUCCUUCAUGGUUUCAUAUAUUGAAUGAUGAAUGUCUUAAAUUGGAGAAUGGUUUUAAAGAAGAAUUUUAACUUAAAAAAACUUAAGGGAUAAAAAUUACAUUUUAGAGUACUCCAAAAGGAACUAACCAUGGAUAUUAUAAAUCUAUAAUAGCCUUUCCAAUUAUAAUUAUUACUAGAGAUGUUGGUUAUUUUAAGGAUAAUCUUAUAAUACAUUCUUCAGCAUCAAAAUUUAAAAAUAAUGGUGCUUCUGUUAGAAGUGUUUAAAAAUUAGAACAAGAUGGGGAUGCUUCAGGAAAUUAAUCAGAAAAACAUCUAUCGUAAGAAAACUUAUUGUCAAGGUUUCAUCCAUCUUCAAAAAGAGAUUCAGGUUAGUCUCAUAUACCUGAAAAACUUAGAAGAGAAACCAAUUAUAUUUUAGUAGAUCCUGCUUUUAAAGUAAAGGAUUAAAAUUCAUUUUGGUAAAAAUUAGAUGAUAAAUUCAUAUUUUAUUGUAGAAGUAAUGAAAAAGAUAUGUUUAAAUCAGAAAUAAGUCUUUAAGAUCUAGAUGAUAAAUAAAUUGAUCUAAAUUUAUAAUUAAAAGAUAAUUAAAUAAAAUAGAUUGAUCAAUCUUUAUAUAUUUUAUUGUAUUACAAUAAACCAUUAAGAAGUGAAUUAAUUUAAAGUAAAGAUGUUUAUUAUAAAAAUGAUAAAAACUCUAAAAUUAAAUUAUUUUUAUCUUUGUAAACUAUCAAAGCUGUUUUUUAAAACUAAUAUGCUGCAUGUAAUAUUUUAACUACAUUUAAAAAUAUUAAUAAAAUAUAAUCAAUAAUUUAAAAAGUUCAUGAUAAUAUUUACUAUUUUGCAAAACCAAAGGAUUAAGUUUAAACUCAUAAAUUAAAAGAAUCACCAAUUAAAAUCUUUGAAGACAUGAUAGUUUCAGCUAAUCUCUAAUAAAUAUAUUUAAAAUCUAAUGAAUCUUAUUUUAAAUUAUAAAAUCUUAAAGUUAUGCUUAAUCUAGAAUUAGUAAAUGUUUAAAUAAAUCCAAUAAAAUCAAGUCUUCAUAAUAAGAAUUCAAGUUUAGGAAUGAUCGAAAGUCUUUCAAAAUUAAAAUCAAAUUAAACUUAAAUUUUUUAAUACGAUGAUUUCAAAAUUAUGAAAUGUCGUAAAAUUAAAUUUAGUUUUAAUUCAGUCAGUAUUGUUAAGAUGAAAUUACUUCACAUUUCCAAAUUAUCUGAUGCUUUGUAAUUUUAAGUAGAAAAUAUUUCAAUAAGAAUAACAAAUAAUCUUACAAGUUAAAAAGAAAACUUAUUAACUAUGCCAAAGAAAGAUAAAACUUCAAAUAAUAAAUCUAAUUUUUAGUAAGAAAAGAGAAAAGUUGAUAAACCUGUUGCAAUAACAAUAACAUUAGAAUUUCAUAAUCUUAAUCCAAAAAUUCAUCUAUAAGUUUAAUAAGGACAAAUAUUGUUAUCUUAAUAAAGAGUUUAAGAUUUACUUAUAGCUAUCAAUAGUUUUUAUUUAAUUAAUAUUGAGGAAUCUAUUUCACUUAGACAACAUUUAAUAAAAUACAUUUUUUUAUAAGAAUUAGAGCUUUUAGGAUUUGAAUAACCUUAAAUAAUCAAUUUAUUUUUAAAGGAUAAUAAAUAUCAUUAAUCAUCUCUAAAUAUAUGUUUAGAUUUGAAUAUCGAAGAAUUAUAAAUAUCCCUUUAAGAAAAAGAAAUAGAAUUUUUUGAAUUAAACUUUUUUUAAAUUUAAAUCAAAAAAAGAUUAAAUCAAGAGUUAGAAUUUUCUCUUAAAUAAAUUGAACUUAAACCAUAAUUUACUCAAGGAUAAUAAGGUUAUUAUCCAAAUUUAAUUUAAUAAAACGGACAACAAGAAAUGAAAAUAUCUUUAGAGAACAAUGUAAUUCAUAUUGAAAAUAUUUAAUUUUAUAUGAUAUCUAGAUAUCUAAAUGAAUUAGAUGCAUUUAAAUUGUAAAUUGAGAGAAUAUUAGAAAAAAAUAAAAAAGAUUUAGCUGAAAGAUAUUAAAAUGAUUUUGAACUUUAAUUACAAUUAAAAAAAUAAGAAAAUUUUGAAUUAAGUAAAGAAUAAUUCAAUUAUUAAAUUUUGAUUAAAAAUUCUUAAAUAAUUAUUCCUCAAUCCUCUUCAGAUCAGAAUUUAAUUAAAAUGAUGUUUGAUAAAGCAGAAUUAAGAGUUAGAAAAACAAAAAUAUACUCAAAAAUACCAGAAAUAUUUGAUGAAAAAACUGAAAUUUUAAGAGAAAAAAAAUUAUUAAUAGAUUAUGAAGAUAAAUUUUCCAGAACAAUUGAUAAUAAAUUCGAAUUGCAGGAUAUAUUUGUAACUGAAAUAAAAGGUAAUUUUCUUUAGGUUAGAGUUGAUUAUGAAAUACAUAAUAUAUCUAAUGACCCAACACUAAUAAAAGGAAUUUUAUUAAAUGCAGGUAAAUUUUACAAUUUUAUAAUUUGUUAGAUAGUUUUGAUAUUGAAAUGCAUGUUCCUUCUUUUGAACAACUUUUGGGAUUAAGUGGAUGGAAAUAUAAAGAUAAUUGUAAAAUAAUCCCUAAAAAACUAAAAAUGAGAUUAGAUCUUGGCAAAUUAAUAAAAAUUUAAAGUUAUAUUGAUCAAAAUUUUUCAGAAAAGUCUCCAUUAUUUGAAUUUUAGCUAUCUUAAUUACAAAAAAUUAGUUUUGAUGUAUAUCUAAAAUAUAAAUUAUAGCUAAAUUUACAUUCAAUAGAAGCAUCUUUAACUAGAUAUAGUUAGAUUGAAAAAGAUUAAGCAGAAAAAUUAAACAAUAUUAGAUUUUAUAACGAUUACAAAAGAAAAUAAAAUAGUUCAUGUAAUUUUUAAGAUAAACAAUCUUCCAAAUAAACUUAUCCAUUGAUUUGA